AUGUUAAGCAGACUGAUGACGGCUGAGCAGGUGGCUAUGCAUCAAGGGUAUUCCAUGUUUGGUGCCGAGCAGCAUGGGCGAUGUCAAUUGUCCGACGUAGCUGCUCCGCGGCAUGUCGCAGGACAUUCAGACGAGCAGGCUUCGCGGCAAUUGGAGCCAGAGCGAAUUAUGAGGGAGUUCGUUGCGGUUUUGCUGGAAAACUUAUGGUGA